CCCAACUGUGCACAAGAGGCCCAAUAGAACCCAAUUCAGAGUUAAUGGGACAUUUUAGUAAAUAAAUAGUGAGGUAGUAGUUAGGGUUUUCCCUCUCUGUUCACAAGUUUCGUUUCCAGGUUUCGGCGCAAUCGGCUUCUGCUUCAAGGAAGGAGAGCUUGUUAUUCUCUAUCAACAAGUAAAAUGUCAGGUGAAGAGGGUGUCAUUGCAGUUGAGCCAGCUGCUGCUGCUGCUGCCAUCCCAGGCGAGCCAAUGGAUAUCAUGACUGCCUUACAACUUGUGCUCAGAAAAUCUCUGGCUUAUGGUGGUUUGUCGCGUGGCCUUCAUGAAGGUGCAAAAGUGAUUGAGAAGCAUGCUGCACAACUCUGUGUUCUUGCAGAAGACUGUGACCAGCCUGACUAUGUUAAACUGGUUAAGGCCCUUUGUGCAGAGCACAAUGUUAGCCUGCUGACAGUUCCGAGUGCAAAGACCCUUGGAGAAUGGGCUGGUUUGUGCAAGAUUGAUUCCGAAGGAAAAGCAAGGAAGGUUACUGGUUGCUCCUGUGUGGUUGUGAAGGAUUUCGGUGAGGAGCAUGAAGCCUAUAACGUCGUUCUGCAGCAUGUGAAAUCUCAAUGAGUUGCAAGAUUCAUAGAUUUUAUGCACUUCACAUUUUCAUUUUGGGUUAUUCCUUGAGAAUGAAUUUUGCCUUGUGGCUGGAUUAUAUCUACCUUGGGUUUUGAUUGUUUAAUAUGACUUUGCCACAUUCUCAAUGUUGCUGUUACUUUUUUUUAUCCUCUGAUGCAUUGCUGUGGCUCUAAUUAGGAACUCUUGUUUCACAUUAAUCAUAUAAAGUAGAAGUUAAGAAUUUGGCCCUUUAUUUGGCAUUAAUGUUAA